GCGCGCCCCCGGAACCAUUUAUAAGACGUUUCCUUUGUUCCUAGCGGAAGGGUUUCGGCGACGCACGACACACGGCGAUUCCGGACAAGUCGGCUCAUGUAAACACGCAUCAACGUGUAUCUCAAGUUUACAACGCUCACGACGAGUGCAGAAUGGCCGAGAGCACGGAGACCCUGCAGAAGUACGAGGAGCUGUUCGCCCACAGGUUCUCAUCGGAGGACCAGGAGUACCAGCAGUACCUGAACCGGCCCGCCGACCCGCCGCCCAUAGUGGAGGACUGGAGGGGAAACCAGAGGGGCAGGGACAACAGGUACCAGGACCGUCAGGGGCACAGAGGUCGUGGUUGGGGAGGAGGCCGAGGUUGGGGAGGUGACCGGGGCUGGAGAGGAGACCAUCGUGAGCAGCAACGCUGGCAUGACCGAGACAGAGACCGGGACAGGGACAGAGAUGGGAACAGAGACCGGGACAGGGACAGAGACUGGAACAGGGACAGGGACAGAGACGGGAACAGAGACCGGCACAGUGGGCACGGGAGUGGGUAUCAUCCAAGCUCCAACCAGGGGUACAACUCCCAUCCCCAGAGACCACAUUAUGAACGUUACUGACCUCUAAUCUCUCAGAUGUUAUCAGUAUUUAUGGUAUUCAGUCAUAUAACUCGUAUUGUAGUAUCAUACAUGGCAAUGUGCAACUGUUAAUUUGUUGGGUUGGCUCUAAUUACUACAGUCUCAUAAGGAAGGACAGAGCAAAAUAUCAAUAUUAAUAGUUUACUUUGGUCAUAGUAAUUUUUAAUAUUGUGAUACAGUUUUAUUGACAAUAGUUUAAAAGGGGUAGAAAAAACAACAACAAACUAGUAAUAUUUUUCCCAGGUUGAUUUCUGAAAGACACAGAUUUCUUUCGUACACAAACACUUUGCCCCAUAUUAUUUCAUUACUUCAUACAAUAUUGCUCACCUAUGAAAUAAUGAAAAAUUAUUAUUUGCAUUUUUCAGAAUUGUUUUUUUUUCCAUGAUUGGAAAAUUGUACUGAAAAUAACAUUGAUUUCUCUUUAAUAUUUCAGAUAUGUGGGCUAUUUGUAAUGAUGUUUGUUUAUCGCGUUAUAACUGCGAAGUAUUACGGAGGCAUGUCAUGAAAGCUUUGCCGCUACUUUUUGACAUGGUUUAAUAUGAUAUUGUUAUGAAUUGGGCAGUAAAGUAUUGUUGCAAAUGGUGACCAGAGAAAAUCUACUUGUAAUGAAGCUUUAUUUUUUCUGCCUCACAUUAUGUCAUAAGGAUAUAAUUAAACUGUUGUCAAUAAACAUGUAUUUUCUUAA